AUGGCAUUGACAAUAGCAAUCAAGAAACCAAAGAUUAUACCUGGAGAGUUUAAACAAGAACAAAACGACAAAGCACUGGUACUGCCAUCACCGACAUCCAUAACUCCAUUACCACCCAACACAAUGACACCUCAAAUGCUAUCGAUCAAUCAAUUCAUUGGCGCAAUUGACACAUCAGAGAUGAAGACCAACGUUGACAAUCUGACAAAGAUAGUCUCCAAUCUGACGGAUCAGAACAAGGAGAAUAUCAAGUGGGCAAAGAACCAGAUGGUGAUGACCUGCGACAUUGGCCAGGCGGUGGCUGGUCUGGACGAGAAGGUGGAGACAGAGAUACAGAAACUGAACACCAAGCUGGACAUAGAGGUACAGAAGCUGAACGACAAGGUUGACAAGACGCUGCAGCAGUUGGACAAGCAGACUCAGUUAUUGGAGAAUAUCUACAAUUGCCUGUACCAUAGCCAAAUUAGAAACCAAUGA